AUGAACGAGACCGACCCAAAGAGCAUCAUCAAUCGGAUCUGUACACAGAUGUCAAGGAACUCUCUGCAAGGUGUCGUUUUUGGCGACGACACAGACCAGGAGGCCAUCGCUCAGAUUCUGGACUUUAUCUCGGCCCAGACUCACAUUCCCAUUCUGGGCAUCCGUGGAGGCUCCUCCAUGGUCAUGGCGGCCAAGGACGACAACUCCAUGUUCUUCCAGUUCGGCCCGUCGAUUGAGCAGCAGGCCUCGGUCAUGUUGAAUAUAAUGCAGGAGUAUGACUGGUACAUCUUCUCCAUCGUCACUACAUACUACCCGGGCUACCAGGACUUUGUCAAUAAGGUCCGCAGUACCAUCGACAAUAGUUUUGUGGGCUGGGAGCUGGAGGAAGUCCUCCUGCUGGACAUGUCAGUAGAUGACGGUGACUCCAAAAUCCAGAACCAGCUGAAGAAACUGCAGAGUCCGGUCAUCCUGCUGUACUGCACAAAAGAGGAGGCCAGCACUAUCUUCGAGGUGGCCCAUUCUGUGGGGCUCACUGGUUACGGCUUCACAUGGAUCGUGCCCUCGUUGGUGGCCGGAGAUGCAGACCAUGUACCCUCUGUUUUCCCUAUAGGGCUGAUCUCUGUGUCAUACGACGAGUGGGAUUAUAACAUUGAGGCAAGGGUGCGUGAUGCAGUUGCCGUAAUUGCCACGGCGACCUCCACCAUGAUCUUGGAUAGGGGGCCUCACACCCUAAUGAAAUCCAGCUGCUUCGGCACACCUGACAAGAAGAACACCAACACUGGCCACUCCAAGGAAAUACUCAGGUACAUCAUGAAUGUGACGUUUGAAGGGCGGAACCUGUCAUUCAGCGAGGAGGGCCACCAGAUUUUCCCCAAACUGGUCAUCAUCCUGCUCGACAAGGACCGACAGUGGGACAGGGUGGGCAAGUGGGAGAAGGGCUCUCUGUCCAUGAACUACCACGUGUGGCCUCGCUUCGCAUUAUACCCGCCUGCUGCAGAGCACGAGGACCACCUGUCCAUCGUCACACUGGAGGAGGCGCCAUUUGUCAUUGUGGAGGAUGUGGACCCGCUCAGCGGCACCUGCAUGAGGAACACCGUGCCUUGUCGUAAACAACUCAAAUCCAUCAACCAGACGGGCGAUUCGGGCAUCUACAUCAAGCGCUGCUGUAAAGGUUUUUGCAUCGACAUCCUGAAGAAGAUCGCCAAGGCGGUGAAGUUCACGUACGACCUCUACCUGGUUACUAAUGGUAAACAUGGCAAGAAGGUGAACGGGACGUGGAAUGGCAUGGUUGGAGAGGUCGUGCUUAAAAAUGCUCACAUGGCUGUGGGCUCUCUUACCAUCAACGAGGAGAGGUCUGAGGUCAUCGACUUCUCCGUGCCAUUCAUUGAAACGGGAAUCAGCGUCAUGGUUUCCCGUAGCAACGGGACCGUGUCACCCUCUGCCUUCUUAGAGCCCUUCAGUGCUGACGUAUGGGUGAUGAUGUUUGUGAUGCUGCUGAUCGUGUCUGCCGUCGCUGUGUUCGUGUUUGAAUACUUCAGCCCUGUGGGUUACAAUCGCUGCCUGGCAGACGGAAGAGAGCCCGGCGGACCCUCCUUCACUAUCGGAAAGGCCAUCUGGCUUCUUUGGGGUCUGGUGUUCAACAACUCAGUUCCGGUGCAGAAUCCCAAAGGCACCACUAGCAAGAUCAUGGUGUCAGUGUGGGCCUUUUUUGCUGUCAUCUUCCUGGCUUCCUACACUGCCAACCUGGCAGCCUUCAUGAUCCAGGAGGAGUAUGUGGACCAGGUGUCGGGCCUUUCAGACAAAAAGUUCCAGAAGCCUAACGAGUUCUCGCCGCCGUUCCGCUUUGGCACCGUGCCCAAUGGGAGCACGGAGCGCAACAUCCGCAACAAUUACCGGGACAUGCACACCUACAUGACCAGCUUCCACCAGAAGAAUGUGGACGAGGCCCUGUACAGUCUCAAGACCGGCAAACUGGAUGCCUUCAUCUACGACGCAGCUGUGCUUAACUAUAUGGCGGGAAGGGAUGAGGGUUGCAAGCUGGUCACGAUUGGCAGUGGUAAGGUGUUUGCCUCCACUGGUUAUGGCAUCGCAAUCCAGAAAGAUUCGGGCUGGAAACGAGCUGUGGACCUUGCCAUCCUCAUGCUGUUUGGAGACGGUGAGAUGGAGGAGUUUGAGGCUUUAUGGCUGACAGGUAUCUGCCAUAAUGAGAAGAACGAGGUUAUGAGCAGUCAGCUGGAUGUGGACAACAUGGCUGGGGUCUUCUACAUGCUUGGGGCUGCCAUGAUUCUGUCACUUAUCACCUUCAUCUGUGAACAUUUGUUCUACUGGCAGCUGCGCUUCUGCUUCAUGGGCGUGUGUUCCGGAAAGCCUGGGGUCACCUUCUCUAUUAGCAGGGGUAUCUAUAGCUGCAUACAUGGAGUGCAAAUUGAGGAAAACAAAUCAACCAUAGACUCUCCUUCAUCAAGCAUAAAGAAGAACAUGAACAACACCCACUCGAACAUCUUGCGGUUGCUCCGUACUGCCAAAGACAUGACUGCAGUGCCAGGCAUUAAUGGCUCGCCACACGCGGCCCUGGAAUACAACCACGGGGGUCGUGACUCGGCCAUCUAUGACAUUCAGGAGCACCGCCGCAGCCUUGUCGGGCACCCUUCAGACUGCAAGUCAGCACCACCCUACAUACAAGAGGACAACAUGUUCACUGAUUACAUUGGCGAGGUGGAGAGGACUUUUGGGAACUUGCCCCUGAAGGAUAACAACUUGUACCAGGAUCAUUAUCGGCACCAUCACCCAGUCCCUGCUUUGGGUAUGUCCGGACCCCCCCCUAAUAGGCCACGUAGCUUAGGCAGUGCAAGCUCAUUGGAAGGUGGCAUGUUCGAUUGCGAAAGUUUAGGGGGAGGAGUAGCACCCAUUUUCACCACUCAACCCCGCCCCUCCAUGACUCACAGGAAUACCAAUAAGUUUGACUUGAUUGCAGGUCACCCCUCCGCAGAUUCCAACAAAGUUGGGUUCAAGGCAAACAAUGUCUAUGGAAGGUUUUCAUUCAAAGGAGGCGCAUCCAGUACGGGGCUCAUUGGGGGUCAUGAGCGGUACUGUGGGGGAGGUGUGGGUGGGGGAGGCACAGGGGGUGAAGACGGAAAUAUUCGCUCUGAUGUGUCGGAUAUCUCCACUCAUACUGUAACCUACGGCAACCUGGAGGGCAACGCCAAGAGGCACAAACAGUACAGGGACAGCCUGAAAAAGAGGCCCGCCUCUGCCAAGUGCAGACGGGAGCAAGACGAGCUAGAGUUGAGCGGCUUCAGGAGGAGACCCCACCACCACACCGUCCAUCACCACUUCCCUCAUGGGCCCCUGGCACACCGCACCAUCUCACCUCCCCUGGAGCGGAAGCGAGGAGGGGGUAACACUUCACCUUACGUAUUCCGUAAAGACAAAGAGAACUUGAGGGAAUUUUAUGCAGGUCAGUUCCGCUCUCAGGAGAGCAAGUGGGAGCAAGAGGGUGGAAGUGGAGGAAGUGGUGUGGGCGUCGGUAGCGGUGGUGGUAUCUGUAAAAGCUUAGUUCCUGUGGAAGACUUUCUCAAAGGUAAAAUCAAGAAGCAGGAGUCAAAAGGCGGGCUUGGCUCAGUGUCGGCAGGAGGUGGUGGCAUUGCAGGAGGUGAUUGGGAGUGUCGUAACUGCCACAGUGUAUGUCACCACAGUGGAGGGGUAGGAAGCUCGUGCCCAGCUACUGGAAUUGCCAGUAUUCGCCCUAGCUCUGCCAGCUGCAAACGCUGUGACUCGUGCAAGAUUCAGCCGAGCAACCUGUACAACAUCAGCGAAGAUAACAACACAGUGUUUGCUGCAGGGAAAAGUAACAUGGGAGCAGGCCAAACGCCAACUCAGAGUAGGAAGCUGGGGCCGGGUGGGCGGGUCUUACGAAGGCAGCAUUCUUAUGACACAUUCGUAGACCUGCAAAGGGAGGGUUCAGGUCGCAUCGGAGGGGGCGGCGGGGGAAUGGGGGGGCAAUUUGCCCAGCCCCGAAGUGUGAGCCUUAAAGACAAAGACCGUUACAUGGAGGGCCCCAGUCCUUAUGCUCAGAUGUUUGAGAGGUAUGCAGGCGAGAGAGACACUUCCAUGUUUGCGGGAACACUCGGAGACAGGGCUAAAACAGGCUCCUCCUUUAGUUUGUUUCGCGGCGGCGAAGGUGGGUUGCAUCGGCGGUCUGUGGGUGAGCGAGACCUUAGAGACAGGGACAGGGCUAUGAUGGGAGGCGGGAGCGGUAGUCAUGGCAGAGGCGCCGGGACUUACUCCUUGUCUAAAUCUCUCUACCCAGAUAAGGUGAACCAGAACCCCUUCAUCCCAACCUUCGGCGAUGACCAGUGUCUUUUACAUGGUGCCAAACCGUACUACAUCAAAAAGCCACAGACGCAGCAACAGCAGCAGCAGCAGCUACUCAACAACAGCCGAGGAGGAGGGGACUUCCGGGGCUCCAUGGGGGCGACUUCUUAUUUGCCUGCAUCAGCCACAGCUGGGGUGAUGUCCAAUGUAGCCCCCAGGUUCACAAAAGAUCUGUGUCUAGGCGGAGUGGGCGGUCCAAUGGGUAACCAUCUCACAGCCAACAAGCUAAUGCCCGGGGGACGGGAUACGUUAGGUUUGGGGCAAAGACCCUUCAAUGGUGCCAAUGGACAUGUCUAUGAAAAGCUCUCCAGCAUAGAGUCAGAUGUCUGA